AUGGAUAUGAAUUACAAUCACGUUGAACAUGGUGAUGCACUAGAGAAUAGAGCUUUAUUGAAUAGUUUCAUUGAAUUGCAUCGUUCUCAACUGCAAUUGUCCAAUGUGCCCAACUUUUUCUAUCCUAUACUGUUUCAUAAACUACAAAAUCAGAUUUUUGAUGCCGGUGAAUAUUUCAGUAUAGUUGAAGUUGAAAAUGACGAAGGCGAAACUGUUCGACGAAAAGUUCGCGUCACCGGUGAACAUAAUCUUCUCAAAACUGAUCCUUCAAUGAUCUUUCUUAUUGAUCAUGCAUAUACCUAUCGAAUCAACAACAUUCGAAAUGAACUGGAACAAUUACCCCAAUUAGUUGAACGACUUUCUCAUCUGAUGCUGAUACCAGCUGAUGAAGAGAACAAAAUCGAUGCUAUUAUUGAACGUAUGUGGAAAUUCAAUCAUACGUAUACAUUAGCAGUUGAUGGUGGUAGUGCGGAAGAUCGGGAACCUUAUUGGUACAUUCGAGAUGAAUUCGGUUCGGCAAUUGAACAUUCCGAACAGCCGAAUGUUCGUAUGGCACCAUUUCUUUCGAUGAUGGAUGGGCAAAUGUAUACGUUAUUAUGGGUCAUUGAUGAUAUCGAAUGUGAUGAUUCAGUGACUGUGGAUUAUGUUUGUGGAACACGGGAUGACUUACUUCGGCGUGCUAAACUUGUUCCAUGGACUGAUGAUGAUCUGACUGAAGAUGUUGAGUAUCAACAGACAGAACCAGACGAACAAUAUUUCAAUACUGGACGAGAAAGUGAAACACUUCCGUCAAGUGAUACUUACCCUGUAAUCGACCUUACAAAGUUGAAUCGAACAAUAAAGGUGUUCACUGACGUCGAACUUAUUCACAAUCAUCUUCUUGACAACCGUUUUCAAAUCGUUGAUAAUCAAUCCGAUGCUGAUAUUGUCUUUUCUAGAAAGCACUUCAAAGAUUUUAAGAAAUUAUGUGAAGAAACGCAACAGUUCAUCAAUCAAUAUCCAUUUGAAAAUGUGAUCAAUAUCAAAGAUCUUCUCGCGGUCAUCUGCCGUCGAACAUCACCAUUGAUCAAUCAUGAGACAUUACAAUCGUAUCCAUUGUGGUUACCAACAACGUACAAUUUAACUUACGAAUUGCCAAAGUUUAUCUCAUAUUUUCAACAUCGAGAGAACAAUGAUUUAGACAAUCAUUGGAUUGUCAAACCAUUCAACUUAGCUCGAUCGAUCGACACACACGUGACCAAAAAUCUCAAUGAGAUUAUUCGCUUGGCUGACUCAGGCCCAAAAAUUGUGUGCAAAUAUAUUGAUAGACCAUUGCUCUUUCAUCGAGAGGAUAGUGGUCUUGUGAAGUUUGACAUCCGUUAUGUUGUUAUCUUGCGAUCGUUAGAACCAUUGAAAGUUUAUGUUUAUGAAAAGUUCUGGCUUCGUUUUGCUAACAAACCAUAUUCGUUAGAUAACAAUUAUGAUGAUUAUCAAGUACAUUUCACGGUAAUGAAUUAUCGUUAUGCGCAGAAUUUAAAAAAGAUUACGUGCGAAGAGUUUGUACCUUUAUUUGACAAGCAACAACCAAAUCUCAAAUGGUCUAAUGUUCAGGAAAAUAUAUUCUCAAUGAUCCGUCAAGUGUUUGAACGUGCAAUCUUGAGAAAACCACCAUGUGGCAUGGCGCCUUGCUCUCGAUCACGUGCAAUUUAUGCAGUCGAUUUGAUGCUGGAUGAAAAUGGUCAACCGUACUUGCUGGAGAUGAAUUUCAUGCCGGAUAUUGAACGCGCUUGUUUGUAUUAUCCGACAUUCAUCGAUGAUAUAUUUCGUACGCUUUUCCUUGAUGAAAGCAGUAAUUCGAACGUAGUUGAUAUUUCAUCAAAAUAA